CGCCCGCACGGCGCGCACACACACACGGGGAUACACUCACGCACACCGGGACACGCGGACACACGCACACGGGGCACUGGGACACAGACACGGACACAGACACGGGUACACGGAAGCGCACCCCGCGCCGCAAACAUGGCGCUGGUGCCCUGCCAGGUGCUGCGCGCCGCCAUCCUCCUAUCCUAUUGCUCCAUCCUGUGCAAUUACAAGGCCAUUGACAUGCCCGCGCAUCAGACCUAUGGAGGCAGCUGGAAAUUUCUGACCUUCAUAGACCUGGUUAUCCAGGCUGUCUUCUUUGGGAUUUGUGUCUUGACUGACCUGUCCAGUCUUCUCACUAGAGGGAAUGACAGUCAAGAGCAAGAGAGGCAGCUGAAAAAACUCAUUUCCCUCCGUGACUGGAUGAUGGCUGUUCUAGCUUUCCCUGUGGGAGUGUUUGUUGUGACAAUGUUUUGGAGCAUCUAUAUAUAUGACAGGGAACUGGUUUACCCAAAACUGCUCGAUAAUUUUAUACCAGCAUGGCUAAAUCACGGAAUGCACACAACAGUUUUGCCCUUUGUAUUAAUCGAGAUGAGAACAACAUAUCAUCAGUAUCCCAGCAGGAGCUGUGGACUGGCUGCAGUGUGCACCUUCGCUGUUGGCUAUAUUUUAUGGGUGUGCUGGAUUCACCAAGUUACAGGAGUGUGGGUGUACCCGCUGCUUGAGCACCUCAGCCCAGGUGUCAAAAUAAUCUUUUUUGCAGCUGUUACCAUAAUAAUUAAUGUAUUCUACUUGGUGGGAGAAGUCCUGAACAACUACAUCUGGGAUACACAGAAAUGUAUUGAAGAAGGAAAAGAAAAGCCAAAAUCGGAGUGAACAAUAAGAGGCAACACAGAGGAUUGUUUAUAGUUCCAUGGAAGAUUUCUCAUCCCCAACAGAGCUUGGCCUGGAGAGGAAUCUUCUGGAAAGGAAGAAGUUUCAUGGGCCCACUUCUCAGUGCAAGGAUAUUUUUGGAUUUUAUAUGGGGGGAAAAUGAUUUUAACUAAGAAUAAUAUUAAUGUUUCAAACUUCAGUUUCUCCAUGCUUGCAUGUGACAUACACAUAUAAGAUGUAUAUUUAUCUCCAAGGCAUUCUCAACGUGCAUUUCUUGAAUCAAAUAAGUCAUUAAACCAUUAAGUCAUUAGAUCUUUUUACUUCUGCCAAGAAGAACAAUGAGUCCAUUCUCUGUAUUGUUUGAGAAAAGCUUAACCAGAUAGGUCUAAUACAGGGAAACAAAGCAAUCCUAUAUAUUUCAAAUUACAGCAUAGAAGUUAAUUGCAUGAAUGUAUCUGAAGAAGAGUUCAGUCUGACUGAAAUAUUAAUGUAACACUAUGUAACAGCUGCCUUAAAUUCGUUAUGUUAAUAAUUUUACCAGUUCAGUGAAAUCUUACUUGCAGUGUUAAGAUCUUUAGACCUAAAUAAAAAUGAAAUUAUCCUUGCA